AUGACAGCAUCUACCCGAGAAUUUCAGAAAGGAAUAAGAGCUGGAUCAUCGCCAUACCUUGUUCUUGAGCUCAGUCGCAGCCGCCUUGUGGAAGAAGCGUUUGAGCAGAUCACUAGGAAACAUUCGGAUUUGAAGAAGCCUCUCAAAGUGGCCUUUGUUGAUGUUGGAGAAGAGGGGAUGGAUCAAGGAGGUGUGACCAAGGAAUUCUUUCAGAUCAUUGUUGAAAAGGUUUUUGAUGCACAGUUUGGGCUGUUCAAGGAACUGGAAGAAGGACGUUGUUGGUGGUUUGAGGGUGUUUUAGAUGGAUCAAUGGAAUAUGAGUUGGUGGGUAUCCUUGUUGGAUUAGCACUGUAUAAUGGUGUAAUCCUGGGUGUUCGAUUCCCGACUGUCGUCUAUCGCAAACUGCUAGGAUGGGAAAUUAGUCUUGACUCGUUCAUGGAAUCUUUUCCGGCUUUGGGUCAAGGGUUAGGACAAAUGCUUACAUGGACAGACGGGGAUGUGUACGAUGUUUUCAUGCGCGAAUUCGAGAUCUCUUAUGAACACAUGGGGCAAGUCACGACUCUUCCUCUUGUACCGGGAGGACAUGACAUUCCAGUGACGAAUGAGAACCGAGAGGAAUAUGUCCAAGCAUACAUGAACCAUUAUGUCCAUCAACAUAUCCAACAAGAAUUUGAGGCAUUCCAACGAGGAUUUGAGAAGAUUUGUGGUGGGGAGGCGCUUAAGCUUUUACGACCAGAAGAAUUGGAGCUUUUGCUCUGUGGGAACUCUGAUCUGGAUAUGCACGAUCUUGAAGCAAGCUGUCUAUAUGAUGAUGGGUAUAGUCCAAAUCACACUCUGAUUAAGGAAUUUUGGGAGAUUGUUCAUGAAGACUUUACAGCGGAACAACACAAACAGCUGUUGGUGUUCGUGACAGGGAGUGAUCGGGUGCCGAUUAGAGGACUGAAGGAUUUGAUGUUUGUGAUCCAGAGGAACGGUCCGGAUUCGGAUCGGUUACCGACGGCCUUGACGUGCUUUUCACGGUUGUUGCUUCCAGAGUAUUCGAGCAAAAAGAAGAUGAAGGAGCGUUUAGUGACAGCGAUUGAGAAUUCAAACGGCUUUGGACUUGUUUGA